AUGGUCCUUGCCGUUCUGGCCAUUGGUGCACAGUAUCGAUACGAAAAGCGGAAUUCGUUGGUGCUCUACAAUGCUGCCAGGUCGAUUGUUCUUGAGCGCAUUCGUAGAAGGGAUCCGUGCCCGGAAGGGCCCGGCAGCGAGAAUGGAGCUAACCACCGGCAAGCGAGUCAUCACCCACAGUCGGGACGUAUGGAUAUUGUCCGGACACUUCUUCUUCUGGCAACCUUUUCCACCUGGCAAAGGGAUCAGACGCUCGUCCGUGAGUCGUUUGAGUACCAGGGACUAGUCGCAAGAUACAUUAGGGAAGACGGGCUGUCUGAAUCGAUACAGGACGACGGAGAUGACUGGCUCGAAUGGUCAAGGAUCGAAGUCGACCGGCGCACGAAGCUCUGUGCCUUCGGCCUCCUCAACCUGCAGACCUUAGCAUACAACCUCCCCCCUGCGCUCCUGAGCAAUGAAAUUGACCUGCGGUUGCCAACUUCAUGCGAAGAGUGGUCGGCCCGUGGGCCCUCGGAGUGGCUCAAAGCCAGGGAAGAGGCACCACGGAUGAUUCCGUUCAAGGAGGCCUUGGCGGCACUGCUAAGAAGUACGAAGCAGCCCACAACAGAGCCAGCACUUGUGACGUCUCCCAUGGGAAACUUCAUACUCAUUCAAGCGUUGUUGCAGCGCAUGUACAUCACUCAACAACUCUCUGUAGAGCCAGAGGAUAGGCCAUUCCGUGAUCAGGAUGUGGGUGACUUUGAGGAAGCGCUCGACCGCUGGAGGCACGGGUGGCAGAAAGCACCCGAGUCCGUGCUGGACCUGAAGAAUUCCAAAGGCUCAAUGUCGUUCGCGUCAACCGCUCUCCUGGGCCUCGCCCACGUGAGGCUUCACUUUGAGCUGGGCUGUCGACGGCGGCUGCAGAGCGGGAAUCCGGAUAUCGUAGCUACGGAAGCCUUCAAGGCGCCCCCGCCGCAGCGGUCGCCGCGUUUGCUGCAGGCCCUGCUGCACUCUGCUCACGCACUCAACAUCCCAGUCCAGCUGGGCGUCGACUACCUGACCAAAUGCCAGGCCUUCUUCUGGGGCGUUCAGCACUCGCUCUGCAGUUUCGAGUGCGCCGUCUUCUUGAGCAAAUGGCUUUGCGUGCUGUCCAGCACCUGUGCAGCGCAACCUCUUACAGAACUCGAACACCAAAUCAUCCGCUGGCUUGACAGCAUUGUGCAAGAGGCCAAGACGUCGCUGGAUCAGGCCGACGAAAUCAUCUACACUGGCGAUGAGACGCCUGGCGAUCGCUGCUCGCAAAUUAGUAUGGAUCUGUAUCGCCUGAGCAUCGCCGUCGUCAGGGUGUUUGCACACAUGUUCAAGCGCUGCAACAGCACAUGGCCCGUGGUCGAGGUCAUCGGCCAAAGCCUGGAGCGGUACGCAGAUCUACUGCAAGAACGCCGUGCCCCCCAGAGUGGGUGA